UAGAGAUCGAGAGGGAGGAGAGAAGCUGGUGAAGCUGCAGUUAUUCAUGAGAGCGGAGCGUGUGUUUUUUUUCCCUCCUUCUCUCUCUUCCUCAUGCUGUGGUGAUGCACUGCAAUGUCUGCAGACAGACAGACAGACAGAAGACAGAGAGGGAAGGAGACAAGCAGGACAAGGCCCAGCCCAUCUCACCAUUGAUCUUCAGGCGAUCAAGGGAGAAGAUCCAGCAAUGACUACUAACAAAUCGAAUAAGGAUUUUUAAAUUUAAUGUCCCAGAUGAGGCAGCAAUAUCCAAAAAGAAUCUCCGAGGCCAGAUUGGAUCCAAGUGACCGAUUCCACAUUGAUAAGUCAACCUCAGAGUCAGGAGAGACCUGUGGCAGAAUCGUUUAAAUUCUCAUGGAUGGUCGGUUGACAAAUGACUGAUUGGCAGGAUUCAUUUACAAUAGCCAUCAUGUGAUCCACUCUACACGCUGGAUAAGGGCUGAGAAGAAUUUGUGGAAAUGAUACUUAUCUUGGAUCUGUAUUUUGAUGGUCGGCAGAUGCAUCUGACCAAUGGAAAUACACACAGGAUGACUGCUUUUUGAUUACUCUUUGCAUGUUUUUGGGAUCAAAUGUUUUUUUUUUUCUCACAUUUUGGAACCUCUGAGGAGCAGAUAGAUGCUCCCCUACUGUUUUAAAGCAGAACUCCCAAUUUCAUCUAUCUGAAGAGCAGGGUGUGGAGACAGUGCAGGCAGUGCUGUUUGCUGGCUGAGUCAGCUCCAAUGGGGGCCGGUUUUGACCCGGUCUGACCCCAGUUUGAGCUUGCAGUGACCCCUGAUCUCUCCGGUCCUGGCUCUCCACCUGCUCUGCUGCCUGGGUUCCGGAACGCUCCGCCCUGGGGCCCAGAACGAGCCAAUCAGAAUGAAGAAGAGCCGCAGCGUGCUCUCGGUUACUGGAGAAGAGGGGAAUGAAUUAGAUGUAACAGAUGUCGGGGAGAAGGCGGAGUCAUCUCGCUACAGCCGAUCCUACACGUCUGGGGCCACGCUGGGUGCCGAGCUGCGCAGAGGACGAACCAGGAGACUUUCUCCAAGUCUCCAGGUACCCUGUUGGCUCCGCCCUCGAGAUCGCACCCGUUCACCUGACAUCCUGAGCAAUAUGUCACGUCCCACAACGCUUCCUCUUCGCAUCCCUCCUCGUAUCUCCAUCACACAAGCGGACACUGACGGCUGUGAAGCAGAAAAUGGCAUAUCUCCAGCUCACACCCCUCUUGGCUCCCAGAGUCCGAGCCGAACGUUGUACACCUCCUUGCCUCAGGGCCAGAGGAGAGAAUCAUUCCUCUACAGAUCUGACUCUGACUAUGACAUGUCCCCCAAAGCCGUCUCCCGUAAUUCUUCCAUUGUUAGUGAAGGGCAUACAGCAGAAGACUUCAUUGUCACACCUUUUGCUCAAGUACUGGCAAGUUUGCGAUCAGUACGAAGCAACUUCACCAUCCUUGCCAACGUCUCUACACCUACAGUGAACCGCUGUGAUUUCAGGAGAUCUCCCUUAGGUGGAGUGUGCCCCAGCCCCAGGGGGACACUUUCAGAUCAGCAGUACCAGCAGCUGGCCUUAGACACUCUGGAAGAGUUAGAUUGGUGUUUGGACCAGUUGGAAACCAUUCAGACCCACCGCUCUGUCAGCGAAAUGGCUUCUACUAAGUUUAAGAGGAUGCUGAACAGGGAACUCUCUCACUUAUCAGAGAUGAGCCGCUCUGGGAACCAGGUGUCGGAAUACAUAUCCAGCACUUUUCUGGACAAACAGAAUGAAAUGGAAAUCCCCUCUCCAACACUUAAAGACAAAUCUAUGAGUCACAUUAGCGGGGUGCGGAAACUGUCUCACAGCUCCAGCCUGUCUAGCGCCUCCAUGCCUCGCUUUGGGGUCAACACAGACCAUGAGGACGAGCUUGCCAAGGAACUGGAGGAUUUAAACAAAUGGAGUUUUAAUAUAUUCAAAGUAGCUGAGUUCUCCAAUAACAGACCCCUCAGCUGCAUCAUGUAUGCCAUCUUCCAGGAGCGGGAGCUCUUGAAGACGUUUCGAAUCCCCGUUGACACUUUUGUCACCUAUGUGAUGACCCUAGAAGACCAUUACCAUGGAAACGUAGCCUACCACAACAGCCUCCAUGCAGCAGAUGUUGCCCAGUCUACACACGUCCUCCUCUCCACACCUGCUCUGGAUGCUGCCUUCACCGAUCUGGAGAUCCUCGCUGCUCUGUUUGCUGCAGCUAUUCAUGAUGUGGACCAUCCUGGAGUUUCAAACCAGUUCCUCAUCAACACCAACUCAGAGUUGGCGCUGAUGUACAACGAUGAGUCAGUCCUGGAGAACCAUCAUCUGGCUGUAGGUUUUAAACUCCUGCAUCAGGAGAAUUGUGACAUUUUUCAAAACCUCACCAAGAGACAGCGACAGUCCCUGCGCAAGCUCGUCAUUGAUAUGGUGUUAGCCACGGACAUGUCCAAACACAUGACUCUGCUGGCCGACUUAAAGACCAUGGUGGAAACCAAGAAAGUGACGAGUUCAGGUGUUUUGCUGCUGGAUCACUACACAGAGAGAAUACAGGUACUGAAGAACAUGGUCCACUGUGCAGACCUGAGCAACCCAACAAAACCCUUACCGUUAUACAGGCAGUGGACAGAGAGGAUCAUGGAGGAGUUCUUCCGACAGGGCGACAGAGAAAGAGAGAGGGGGAUGGAAAUCAGCGCUAUGUGCGACAAACACACUGCCUCUGUGGAAAAGAGUCAGGUGGGCUUCAUUGACUACAUUGUACACCCUCUAUGGGAGACGUGGGCUGACCUGGUACACCCAGACGCCCAGGAAAUCCUGGACACCUUAGAGGAGAACAGGGAGUGGUACCUGACCACUAUGCCUCAAUCACCUUCGCCUCCCCCCGAUAGACACCUCCAGCAUGACCGCUUCCAAUUCGAACUUACACUGGAGGAGCUGGAAUACAACAAUCACAACAACAUAUACAAAAGGAGCAGUGGCUGUGCAAGAGGCGUCAAGGAAGGCCAGAAAGCCAUGUGCGAAGACAGCAAUGGGAAGCAGGAGGGAAUAGGUGAGGAGGAUCAGAACCUUGCUGAGGAUGAGGAGGAGGAUAAGGAGAACCACAACAGUGAACAAAAUGGAAUCCAGGAACAGGAGGAGGAAAACACUGGAGGAAAGGAAGAUGAAAAUGAAGAGGAGAUAAAGGAAGCUCUUGAGGAGAAGGAAGAAGGAGGAGGAGAAGAAGAAAUCAAUAGUGAAGAAGAAGGAGUGGAAAUCAAUGGCAAAGAAGAUGAAUCAGCAAAGGAAGACAAUGAAGCCAUUGAGGAAGAGGUAGACGAGGAAGAGAAUGAAGUUAGGGAAGCUGAAGGAGAGGGAAACGAGGAGGAGGAGGAAGGUGAGAAUGAUGACGCAGAAGUAGAAGAGGAGACAGAGACAAAUUUAAGUGAAGGAGAAGAAGGCAAAUAUGAAGAUGAAGGCAACACAGAAGAAGCUAAAGAGGAGGAAACUGAGAUGGACAGUAUAGACGAGGAAACUGAGCAGGAAGUAGUAGCAAAAGAGAAUGCAGAGGAGGAAGAAGAGGCACCUCAGGAGGGUGAAGAAGAUGAAGUACCAGAGGAAGAGGAGAGUUAGCUAAAUAGACAAAUGAUCAGGGUCACUGAGUGAAAUGGGUAAAAGAGAGAUGAUGAGGGGCCAGAGAGGUUCUUAAAGGCAGAAGAGGGGCUUUAAAGAGGCAAAAAAGCUGAAAUAUGUAUGUCUUUCCAGAUAACGCAGUCUAACUGCUUUACCAUGUGAAGGUCAAAUUACUCUCAUCCUUAGAGCUAUAUUUUGCACCAACAGUAAAGAACUGAAGAUGGGAAACGGGAAUUUUUCUGAACAGCCCGAGAAAGAUGGUCAUCCGGUAGUAAGAGAAACGAGGGUCUUCUACCCUGUGUAAGUACGUAUAUCACUGCCGUUUAGGAUAAAUGGGGAAAUAACAGUAAUAAAACUGGGGGACUGGUUUAAACAACCGCUUUGUAGCUCCUGGAUACAAAUUAAAGAAAAAAAAAAUGCUGAAAUUCGUACAUGCAAAUAAGUGUGUGCGUGUUUUGCAGCUGUUAUAGACUGUCACGCAUUGUCUCUUGGUCACUGUCUAUUGUUUUAUUGAUAAGGACCAUAACACAAACCUAGACCAUUAUAACUCAAGUGCAAAUUUCAAAAUAAUUCCAAAAAGAGAUUUAAAAAAUAUGACCAGAAAGGUGUAAUUUGCUGUCUUAUAUUUAGUACAAAACCCUUCUCAAUCUAUGAGCAGUAUGUUUCAUAUACUGUGGUUAAGAAACUGUGUAAGCCCCUCACUCCCUUACCCUAAAGCAACAAUGCUGGAUUUCUGACCCCAUUUCUAAAUAAAACACAGACUGUUCUCGUCAAGUGGAAACUUACAAGGCUGAUGUAUUCUAUGUUGUCGAUGUUCAGUCUUGUCGAGAGUUUAAAAAAAAGAAAAUUAUCACACCAAGUGUUUAUGCCAUUGUGACAUUGUAACCUGAGUUGUGCCAAACUGUCCCACAACCAGCACUGAGCAAUGCAGCCUCCAGAUUAGGUGGCUACUCUUCACGAAGCAAUGAAUCUGUGGGACCAGGCCAGCAGGUGUGAUGGUCUUCCACAAAUUUAUGUUUUUGUUUUUUGUAAACAAAUAUGUAUUUGGCACUUUAUCAAACACCCUUGUUGCAUAUAUGUACAUAAUAAACAUGUAUUUUAAUCUGCUGAUGUCAUAAUAAAUAUGAUC